AUGAACUGCAAUGAGAAAGAACUGAAGGCCAAACUGCACAACAACAGGGCUAUUGCACAUUUUAAACUUGGUAAGAUGAUGAGAGCUUCAAUAUGCAUUCUUUUUUUCUCUUUUGAUCGAAGCUAAGGGUUGUCGGUAAUAGUUUUCUGAAAAAGUGAUAAUUACUUGUAUGUAUGUAUGUAUGCCCAAAGAGGAAUUAUCUGGAAAAAUAUAUGUGCCUUAUCUUGGCUUCUCAAACAUACAAACAAGCAGCCUAUUGCCCCAGAUAUCAAAAAGCAUCACAAGUUCUUCUAAAAUUAAUAUAAUGGUGGUUGUAUGAUUUGCCAUAUGUACAGCUAAUCAGAGAUAUUUAUUUUAAAAACAGGAAAUCACGAGAAUUCACUAAGGGAUGCAGAAGCAGCCAUUGAGUUAAAUCCAACUUUCCUCAAGGCAAUUGUGAGAGGUUAGAUACAUGUAUGUUAGCUGUGCUAUAAUAAUAUAAAAAAGAACUCAACACUCCAAGGUUAAAUGAAGUUAAAUCUUGUCUCAAUUGACUUUAAUCAAGAGGUCAAGACCACCCUGAUGUACAUUUGAAUCCAGCUCUUGGCUGCUGUGCCAUGACUUUCUAUUAUGAUGAGAAUAUUAUUUUUAGUUGAAUGAAGAACUCAAUGUGAAAUGCAAAGCAAAUUUCAGCAUCAGUAUUUUAGUUCCCUUUUUCGCAAUAAGUGAGGUUAAGUGGUGUUAGAUAUGUUUAGUCACUAUAUCUACAGUAACUGAAAAGAAGUAAGGACUUAACUUAACUCAAAAUUGUAAGGAAAAUUUUCCUCAUUCAUCAGUUAUAACUCAACUUCAAGUGCUAUUGCAUGUCUUUUAUUCCAUCUCUAUCUCUUACUGAUUUUGUGGGAAUUGUUAGUCCCAAUUUAAAUUUUCUUAGAAGUUCAAUCAUCAAAAGCUAAUCUAACAGAAACCUAAAAGGGCCUGUUUAUUCUUUUCCAUUUGGUAUAUUUUUGUUUUCUGUUUUUUUGGUUCUUCUGGUCUUUGAUGGUUUAGCUUUUAAUGGUUUCUGAUUCUUUUCUUGGAAUUGAACUACAGUAAUUAUAUGCUUCUUUUUGUUGUUGCCUACAGGUGCCACUGCCUGUGUUGAACUGAAGAGAUUUAUAGAAGGAAUCACUUGGUGUGAUAAGGGAUUAGCUGUAUCUUUUGAAGGAAUCUUUAAUUUUUAACCGUGGGUAUAGUGGAAAUAUCCCAUAAUUUGACGUUUUAAGGGAGAAAAUGCAAAGAAGGGUAUUAAUUACAAUGGGAACUAAUGUCAUCUCAUCCUUAAAGAGUGUGUGAUUAAACUUUGGGAAGAGUCAAUACCUCAUGACUUAUUAGUGAUAUACUCCUCUAAACCAUUACUUAAGAACACGUCUCUGUAAGAAUCAAACAUCGUGGGAAAUGAAAAUUUUCAACCCCCCGUCAAAUUUUGCAUGCAGUUAGGCACUCAGGGGAGAUGCACAAAAAUGCCCUUUUUAAAGGUUGCAGCACUCAUGUUGCUAUGGUAACAACGACUGCUUGUUCGAGGCCUGGGGCCUCAUUUUCUUACAAAAACGUCGCAAAAAAAGAGUGCACUUCUACCAUACAUAGUAACAUCAUUCAUCUUCACAUUGAUUCAUUUAAUUUUCCCUGGGAGUGAAUGUGAACACACCAAUAGAUUAUUUAUCUCGGUACAGUUUCGGUCAUUUUUGUCGUCGGGUAAAACAGGGAAAACGUUUAUCUGAAUUUCUCCAAAAGUACACCGAUUCUGGAACUGAAACUACCCACCUAGCUGGUUAUAAUAUUCUAGUUUUUAAAUGUGUAAAAAUCUCUGCGGGCCUGCCUCUACUUUUUGUAGGGGCAAUUCGUUAACGAAGCUCAAAAAUCAGAUAUUGCAUAAUUUGGCGAUGUUUACAUCUAAUGUUCUCAACAACAAAUGUUUCAGACAAAUGAAACAUGCGAGGCCUUGAAAGAACGUUAUCUUAUGAGCAAUAUCCCGAAGAGAAAUCUCGCCUCUGGUUAUCAUGUUUUAAAAAAAAUUGAUCAACCUUCAUGGAGGACAACUCGACGUAACUACAAACAUAUGCCUCAAAUCGUGUGCAUAUCAUCAAGGUUCAGAGCGCUGCACCUUCUUUCAUGGGAAUUUGAACGAUCCGAAGUCCUCUGAAGAUACACUGUUAUACCUGUAUGUCAUUUGAAACAUGUUGAAGUCGGUUGAUCUACACGAAACUAUCCUCACACCGGUCAUUUGUCAUAAACAUGUACGUUAUCACGAUGGCGUGACGCUGUAUUUCUCCGUGAAGUUUCCAUAGGUCGCUCCAAAGAAGACGAGAAAUGGAUAUUUUUCAUUUAUGUCAGCAGUUUUCCACUUUUUGAAGUAAAAAAAUCCAAAAAAAAAAUAGAGAAAAGCAGGAUUGAAAAUUUUCAUUUCCCAAGAUGUAUGAAUCUUACAGAGACUUGUUCUUAAUAGUCAUACUAUGCCACAACUGGUACAUGAGUUUAGCUAAAAUACUAAUAUUCACCCAGUGUAUGUACGGUAUGUGGAUAGAUAAUCUCUCUAAAACAAGUCAGAAAAAGAAGCUUGGCAAUGUCUGUACAAUGUAUUAUGUUGAUUUUAUUUUAUUUUUCUGCUAUUGAGAGACUCAGAAACUUUUGUCGUGUUUUCCUAUGGACAAAUACAACUUUUAAAGACACAUAUCUGUGUUUUAGAGUCAUUUCUUCCAGUUGCUGUAAAACGUUAUAGUCUGAAGUUAAAGAUACAUAAAUUUAAAAAUCAAGAAAGUGCUUCCCAGUUUUUUGGAAAUAACAGAUUAUAUCUAGAUAUUUCAUGUUAAAAUUUGAGGUUGUACACAGAAGAAACCUUUUUAUGAUAUGUAGAUCGAUUGACUGAAUGUUGAUCAAACAACUACCUUUCAUGCAAGCCCUCCUAAGAGGCCAUUUUACUGUUGUGUACUUAGUUGCCAAGCCUUUGAUUUGGAGUGAGUGAGCAUAAUUACAAAGUAAUUCGCAUUUGAAAAGCAGCAAUGUUGUAUCAUAACAAGGUCACCCUUAGCCACAGUCCUGUUCAAAGGCUUGGGAACCAAGCACAUAACUGGUUUUUUCUACAUUUUUAAACCUUAACAUUGAAAAAAGAUUGACAACAGUCAUAGGAUUUUGUUGUCAUUAAGACUUCAGUCUGUGGAAGGAGUGGGAGAUAAGUCCAUGGAGGAAAAAGAUAACAAUAUUUAUGACCAUGGUGUUCCAAGUUCAGGUGAUGUCCAGAAAGUCAUUGACCUCUAUAGUUGGGGAGCCAAGCAUGGAGAGGGUAACACUUAUGGCAAUCUUGGCAAUGCUUAUCACAGUCUGAGUGAUUUCAAGAAAGCCAUAGAGUACCACAACCUACAUCUUAAUAUAGAUAAAAAAGUAGGAGACAAGCCUGGGGAGGGUAAAGCUUAUGGCAAUCUUGGCAAUGCUAAUUACGGACUGGGUGAUUUCAAAAAAGCCAUAGAGUUCUACAACCUAAAUCUUGAAAUAGCUAAAGAAAUAGGAGACAAGCAUGGGGAGGGUAAAGCCUAUGGCACUCUUGGCAUUGCUUAUCACAGUCUGGGUGACUUCAAAAAAGCCAUAGAGUACCACAACCUACAUCUUAAAAAAGCUAAAGAAGUAGGAAACAAGCAUGGGGAGAGUAAUGCUUAUGGCAAUCUUGGCAUUGCUUAUGACAGUCUGGGUGAUUUCAAAAAAGCCAUAGAAUUCUACAAUCUACAUCUUGAAAUAGCUAAAGAAAUAGGAGACAAGCAUGGGGAGGGUAAAACUUAUGGAAAUCUUGGCAUUGCUUAUGACAGACUGUGUGAGUUCAAAAUAGCCAUAGAGUGCCACAACCUAGAUCUUAAAAUAGCUAUAGAAGUAGGAGACAAGCAUCGAGGGGGUAGUGCUUAUGGCAAUCUUGGCAUUGCUUAUUACAAUCUGGGUGAUAUCAAAAAAGCCAUAGAGUACCACAACCUACAUCUUAAAACAGUUAAAGAAGUAGGAAACAAGCAUGGGGAGAGUACCGCUUAUUGCAAUCUAGGCAAUGCUAAUUACAGACUGGGUGAUUUCAAAAAAGCCAUAGAGUACCACAGCCUACAUCUCAAAAUGGAUAAAAAAGUAGGAGACAAGCAUGGGGAGGGUAAAGCUUAUGGCAAUCUUGGCAAUGUUUAUCACAGUCUGGGUGAUUUCAAGAAAGCCAUAGAGUAUCACAACCUACAUCUUGAAAUAGCUAAAGAAAUAGGAAACAAGCAUGGAGAGGGUAACGCUUCUGGCAAUCUCGGCAUUGCUUAUGACAGUCUGGGUGAUUUCAAAAAAGCCAUAGAGUACCACAACCUACAUCUUAAAAUAGCUAAAGAAGUAAGAGACAAGCAUGGGGAGGGUAAAGCUUUUGGCAAUCUUGGCAUUGCUUAUGGCAAACUGGGUGAUUUCAAAAAAGCCAUAGAGUACCACAACCUACAUCUUAAAAUAGCUAAAGAAGUAGGAGACAAGCAUGGGGAGGGUAAAGCUUAUUGCAAUCUUGGCAUUGCUUAUCACAGUCUGGGUGAUUUCAAGAAAGCCAUAGAGUAUUACAACCUAGAUCUUAAAAUAGCUAAAGAAGUAGGAGACAAGCAUGGGGAGGGUAAAACUUAUGGAAAUCUUGGCAUUGCUUAUGACAGACUAGGUGAGAUCAAAAAAGCCAUAGAGUGCCACAACCUAGAUCUUAAAAUAGCUAUAGAAGUAGGAGACAAGCAUGGAGAGGGUGGUGCUUAUGGAAAUGUUGGCAAUGUGUAUCGAACUCAGGGAGAUUUGAUCAAGGCCAACAAGUCAUUCAAGCUAAUGCUCAAAAUUGCCAAAGAGGUCGAAGACAAAUCCUUGGAGGCAAUGGCCCACUGUUCAUUAGGACCCGUUUUUGAGUUGCAGGGUCGACUGCCAAAAGCUGUUGAAUCUUACCGAGCUAGCAUAACCUUAUUUAAUUCCUUGAGAAUACUUCUAAAAUCUAAAGAUGAAUGGAAAGUUAAUUUUCGAAAUCAGUAUCAAAUGGCGUAUACGGGUUUGUGGAGAGUUCUCGUAAAACAAGGUAAUAUAGAUGAAGCCUUACUUGCCGCUGAUAAAGGACGAGCCCAAGCUCUCACCGACCUUAUGGAAUCCCGUUUUUGUGGUGGAACAAGUCAGUGCAAGGGAAGCGAUGAAGAUUUAGUAGUUUUAAAAAACGUUCCAUCAAACACUGUCUUUCAGGCAAUGGACAGAGCUGACGUCAAUCUUUGGGUUGUGUCCGAAGGAAAACAAGUUCAGUUAAGACAAAGUAAACUCAAUGGUUCUGUUUCAGAGAACAGUGGGGCUAGUCAGUCCUUUGAGUCGUUCAUGCUCGGUGUCUAUACACAACUUGGUGUUCGUUCUAAUGUGAGAUGUGAGAACCGAUCUUUGGAUGCUUUGAGCGAGGACCGUUCAAAAGUGGAUCAGGAAACGAAAGAAGACAACCCUCAAGCUUCCAUCCAACAAAACAAAUGCUUGAGCACUUUGUAUAAUACCGUUAUGAAGCCGGUGGCUGACUUGGUUCAAGGGGAUGAGCUACUCAUUAUUCCCGAUGGACCCCUGUGGCUCGCUCCUUACGCUGCAUUCAAGGAUGGUAAUUCUAAAUACCUGUGUGAAUCGUUCAGAAUCCGUCUCGCUCCAUCGUUAACUAGUCUUAGACUCAUUGCCGAUUGCCCAGAUGACUAUCACAAAAGCAGUGGUGCGUUACUUGUAGGAGAUCCGUGGGUAGCCGAGGUUACUAACAGCCAGGGAGAGAAACUCCUCGAGCAGCUUCCUUGUGCUAAAGAAGAGGUAGAAAUGAUCGGAAAAAUUCUGAAUAUCACGCCAAUCACUGGCAGAGAAGCCACGAAACGUGAGGUGUUGAAAAGACUCAGUUCCGUUUCCUUAGUUCACUUUGCGGCACACGGAUGUAUGGAAACUGGCGAAAUUGCUCUUACACCUGACCCAGACCGAAUAUCUACUGUGCCAACGGAAGAGGAUUACAUUUUAACAAUUGGAGAUGUGAUGAAUGUUCAACUUCGCGCCAAACUAGUUGUACUUAGUUGCUGCUACAGUGGUCGGGGCGAGAUCAAGGCUGAAGGUGUGGUUGGCAUUGCGCGCGCUUUUAUGGGGGCUGGUGCUCGGUCUGUUGUGGUUUCCCUGUGGGCGGUUGAAGACAAAGUUACUCUUGAGUUCAUGAAAUGCUUUUAUCAACACCUUGCAGAAGGUAAACCUGCAAGCAAGUCACUGAACCUGGCUAUGAAAAACCUCAGAGAAUCAGACGAGUUCCGCGAUAUCAAAUACUGGGCGCCCUUUUUACUGAUUGGAGAUGACGUUAGUCUUGAUUUCAUGGCAUAG